AUGGGGAAGAAGCGCACCGCCAGCCAGAUCACGCACAAAAACCACUUCGUCGACUCCGCCAAGAAGAGGAAACCAAACGGCCCGCCGUCGAGCAGCAAGAAGUCCAAACAGCCGGCCAACGACAAUCCCGCAAAGAAGAAGGCGCAGCAGCAGUACCAUCAGAACCAGGACCCCGUCAUCCCCUUCUCGCCCGAAGACGCGAUCCUCCUGAUCGGCGAGGGCGACCUCAGCUUCGCCGCAAGCCUUGCGACACACCACGGCUGUCGCAACGUGACGGCUACCGUCCUCGAGAAGAACGAAAAGGAGCUUCUGGAGAAGUACCCCCACGCCGACGAGAACAUUGCCCAAAUCAUCAACCCCGGGAGAAAGCCCAAACCCAAGGCAGAGGACGGCGACGGCGAAAACGACCACGAAGACGAAGAUGCGAACGAAGACUCCCCAGCGGCAGAAGAGAACGACGACGAUGAAGAUGAGGAAAACAAGCCCUCCCUCGUCCCCAACAACAACAAGAUCCUCUACAACAUCGACGCGCGCACAAUGAAACCCUUCACCCGGCGCACCACCUCCCAGAACCACCACGGCACCGCCACGACCACGAAACACGGCCUCUACAAGCGCAUUAUCUUCAACUUCCCCCACGUCGGCGGCAAGUCCACCGACGUCAAUCGCCAGGUCCGCUACAACCAGGAGCUCCUCGUCGCCUUCUUCAAGUCCGCCCUGCCCUCCCUCGCGCCCAGCGGCACCGUCGUCGUCACCCUCUUCGAGGGCCACCCCUACACCCUGUGGAACGUCAAGGACCUCGGCCGCCACGCCGGCCUGCAGGCCCUGCAGAGCUUCCGCUUCCACGCCCGCGCGUACCCGGGCUACAGGCACGCGCGCACCCUCGGCGUCGUGCGGGAGAAGAAGGGCACCGGCGAGGCAAGCGGGAACGCGUGGAGGGGCGAGGACCGGCCCGCGCGGAGUUUUGUGUUCAUGAGGACCGGCGAGGCGCCCGAGGCGCUGCCGGCGCAGAAGAAGAAGAAGAGGAAGGGCGGGGAGGAGAGUAGCAGUGACGAGGAGUCGGAUUUCGACGACGAGGUGGGGGAUAUCGAGGAUGACUUUGAGUGA